GAGCCUUCGACGCGUUUUGUUUGCCCCUAGUCUCUCGGGGUAGGAUCAACAACGAGCCAUGAAUGUGUCCUGAAAACUGACGCUCUUCUGAGAUGAGCCUCGCGUCUUUCGAGCCGAUUGAACAUACAUCAGUCUCUGGCAGAGGAACUCCAUGAAAUAGCCCGAGUUUAGUCCUGGCACAAGAUGACAUUUGACGUGAUUCGAUUCACGAAUAUAUUAUUCUUCCUCCUUUGGAGCAACCAAAUAAGAUGUUACAACGUUCCUUGCACAUUCAACACCAUGUGCAUGUGUUGGGUCCAGGAUGACGAUGAUGAUUUCACGAAGAUGGAUAUCAGUUGUAUGGGAGUUCCAUUCGCACGAUUUCCUGACGUAUCGGUGAGCUACGUGGCGCAGCUAGAUAUUGCUGGAUCCGGGAUACAAGUUUUAGACAAUGACGCACUUGCGAGUUCCGCAGGUGUCGAGGCACUGGGGCUAAUGAGCAAUCGAUUAUCCAGCAUAGGUGAUAAGUCUCUGCUAGGUGUUACGGACAGUCUACGUUCUCUGGAUCUAAGCUACAAUUCCCUUGAAGAUGUGCCUUUCAAGGUUUUUCGCAAUCUAAGGAAAUUGAAUUGGCUCAACAUGCACAGUAAUCAUUUAACGUCGUUGGAUGGCGACUGGGGCCACACCAAGGAGACUCUAACAAACGCAUUCUUCGGCGAUAACUCGAUCACCGAAGUGCCCAGGGUCUUCUCGAGUUUCGCCACCCUGGUAUGGCUGAAUCUAGACAGCAACAACAUCGAGGAGCUCUCGAAAGAUUGUCUACCACCAAACAUGCACACCUUGAGCAUCAAUAAUAAUCUCUUGAAAGAAUUCCCACAAUCCUUGGGUGGUCUGAAAGAACUAACUUGGCUUUAUAUGAGAGGAAAUGAUCUCCGGUAUCUGGAGCUGCCGGAUUUCCGCAGUUCCAAUUUGGAGCUCAUCGACGUCAGCGAGAAUUCCAUCGAAUGGAUGAAGACACCCACUUUGAGCAAUCACACCGUCAAAGUCAGAGACUUUAAUCUAGCCGGAAACAAACUGAUCUCGUUGCCAGGCAGAAUGUUCGAUCGCCUCGAGACCAGAAGAAUUCACCUGUCGUCGAACAGUAUCAGAAAUGUUGAUAGGGAAGCGUUUCACGGUCUCGAGGAUACUCUCGAAUAUUUGAACCUGGAGAAUAAUGAUUUGCCGACAGUACCGAGCGCCGUCAGCCAGUUGAGAAUGUUGUCGUAUCUCUAUUUGGCUAACAAUGAGAUUAGGAAUAUUUCCGGGGAGGCCUUUCAAGAAUUCGCGGAGCAUCUGAAAGCCCUUUCUCUCGCGACCAACAGUUUGGAUGCGGUGCCUGUGGCUGCUUUGUCCAGAUGCCAGAGGCUAUUGCACCUGAAUCUCGGUUACAACAAGAUCUCCCACGUCGAGCCGGGUGAUUUCGAGUGGGCCGAGGACCUUGAGAUCUUAUUGCUCAGGAACAAUAUCCUGACGAAACUGAAAGCCGAGACUUUCAAGGGAGCCGGUAAACUAAAAGAGCUCAGCCUGUCCUUCAAUCACUUGACGGAACUCGACGACGACUGCUUCGUCGGUCUCGAGGAGAGCCUGGACAUUCUCGAGCUGAGCUUCGCCUUCGCCACGGACGUUUUUCCGCAGCGCGCCCUCAGGCCACUCUCGAAUCUCCGCUGGCUGGUUUUGGACAACAACAAUUUCCAGACGAUCGAGGCGACAGCCUUCUACUCCUUUCAGCAGCUGCGCUACGUUAAUAUGGAAUCGAACAGGCUGCAUUACUUGCCCGAAAGGAUCUUUCUCUCGAGCGUGCACCCGGAGUUAAGAGACGUCAAACUGGGAUACAAUUUUCUGGAGGCGAUACCGGAGUCGAGUUUCCACAAUCUGACCGAGCUGCUGUCACUCGACCUGACCGGCAAUCGUAUAAAAGUUUUGGCGUCCGGCUCCAUCGUGGACUGUCCAAAACUGGUGACCAUAUCGUUGGCUUACAACCGGAUACAGAAGAUGGAGAAGAACGCGUUGUGCGGCCUGUCCAGCUUGCGUUUCCUCCAUUUGGAAUUCAAUAAGCUGACCGUGCUGGACUUGGACGCUAUCGCGGAGAUCGGUGGCUCCGAUUUCGCCCUGAACGUUUCCUACAACGCGAUCGCGUCCGUCGACUCGGGAUCCAUGAUGAACAAUCUUACGAGAUUGGAUCUCGGAUUUAAUAAUAUCAGCCAUUUGCCGGCGAACACGUUUUACAGAACGCCCGAUUUGAAGAACUUAUAUCUGCAGAACAACUUUCUCGCCACGAUUGAUCCUGGAACAUUCGCGUUCCCUCACUUGGAAACUCUGGACCUGAGCAACAACAAGAUAGACACUUUGCGUAAACAGUCCUUCCACGGUUUGGAGUCCCUUCAGUGGCUGAACCUCGGCGGAAACGAGAUAACGCAGCUGUCGACGGAGCAGUUCAGGAAUCUGAAAAGUCUGAGGAUCCUGAUUCUUUCGAGCAACAAAAUUCGUUCGUUGCCGAAGGACGUUUUCGAGGGCACCAGAUUAGAGAUUCUCGAGCUCAGUCACAACAAAUUCACCGUCGUGCCCUCGUCGUCGUUCCUGGAAGUCGGCUAUACGCUGAGGGAUCUCAACAUGGCUGAGAAUUUCCUGGAUCACCUUGACUCGACCGCUUUCCCGACUUCUCAGCUGGUAUCUCUGAAUCUGGCGCAAAAUCGUCUGACCAUUCUGCCGGAUAAUUCGUUCGUUUCCCUGGGAAAAUUACUGAGCCUGAACGUAUCUCAGAACGUUCUCCAGGCGAACUUUAAGGAGUUGUUUCAUUAUUUGCCAGAUCUCAGACAUCUCUAUCUGGCCAGUUGUGGUCUCAGAAGCGUACCGCUCCUACCAUUGACGAAUUUAAAUAUCUUGGAUUUGUCUUUUAACAGUGUCGACGAGACUACCGACAAGCAGUUUCAAUAUUUGGAACGUUUGAAGAUUCUUUUACUGGUAAAUAACUCGUUGACGUUAAUGCCCGGUGUUAGAUUGAGCCUCUUGAGGGAGCUUGAUGUUUCUGGCAAUCCUAUCGAGGAACUGACGAAGGAGAGCUUCUCGGGCUACCCGAGAUUAGAGAAAUUAAACUUGAGAAAUUUGAAUCGAACCAAAUCAGUGGACAGGGACUGUCUGCAACCUUUGAAAUAUUUAAAACACCUGCGAAUUCAAACGUGGCCGCAGGCCGACGGGUUUCAUCUGCGUCACUUGCUGUCCGGCUUGCCGCUUCGAACGGUCGAGAUUCAGGUGACGGAGCACCUGCUCAAGCAUCAGAUACAAAACGUCUUCACGAAGCAAUUGAGAGAGCUGACGAUCACCGGAAACGAUCUCGAGUUGAUCUCCUCCGAAGCGUUCUCCACUAUCGAAGGCGGGGAGCUGAUAUUGAGAAUCAAAGACACGCACGUACAACGACUGCAGUCGGAUAUUUUUCUAUCGUUGACGAAGAGAUUGUCGCAGCUCACUUUGGACCUAAGGAACAAUCAUAUCAACGAAUUAAGUCCGUCAAUAAUUUACGGAAAUCUUUCCUGGGAGACUGUGGGGACCAACAUGGUGGCUGGUGGACUGCAGGUAUCCGGCAAUCCGCUCGAAUGCGACUGCGAGAUCGCGUGGCUGAGCCUGUGGCUGCGCCGGUGGCUCAGAGAGUCCCGGCAGAUUCACACGGCGUCGCAAUCCGACGCGAGACAACUCAGGACCAUAGCCGGCCGAGCCGUAUGCACGGAAACAACGCCGUCUUACUCCUCCGACAAGGUCCUGCUGACUUUGGGCACGCCGCACACCGCCUGCCAAGCGUCCGCCCUCAGCUCGGGCAAUUACGAGCGGCUGGCGACAGCCUGGUUGGCCUUCGUCAAAUUCUUCAUCCUCGUUUUCAUCGCCAAUUAACUGUACGGAGUUUAUAUCGCAACCUCUCGCGAUGGGCCUAGUCUUUUUGAAGUUCACGAGAUGUGAUCUUUUUUAAUGUAAAGAUUUACCAAUAAAAGUAGUUAAAUAAUUACGAGAAACGCUUCUUA